AGGAAAAAAAAAAAAUCGUUUUCUUUUGGACCAAAAACAUCCAAAAAUUGCGACCGCCGGAGAAAAUGGAGUUCCUGGAGCGGAGGAGAGAAGGAGCUCAUCCUCUGCCGGAAAAUCUCCACCGUCAAUGCUCUACAACCAUGACCACGACGAGUUGUCCAGAAGCACCUCUCCGCUUAUCGUCAGCGUCUCCGUCUUCGAUACAGAGCAAGAGCCGACAGAGCUCCACCACGCGCCGACGGGUCUGGUCGGAGAAACUCCCGGUGAUGGAGACUAUCCUAUGGUUCACAACUUACGAGACGCCAAAUAUAUCUUCUUGGUCGAGUCGACGAAGCUAUGGGUGAUUGCAGCUCCAAUCGCGUUCAACAUUCUCUGCAACUAUGGAGUCAACUCCUUCACCAACAUCUUCGUCGGUCACAUCGGCGACCUCGAGCUAUCCGCCGUCGCCAUUUCUCUCUCCGUCGUCUCCAAUUUCUCAUUCGGUUUCCUGCUAGGAAUGGCAAGCGCACUGGAAACGCUAUGCGGACAAGCCUUUGGAGCAGGACAAGUAGAUAUGUUAGGGGUUUACAUGCAGCGUUCAUGGCUCAUCCUCGUCGGAGCCUCCUUGGCUUUACUCCCACUCUACUUAUACGCCACCCCCAUUCUCCUCCUCCUUGGCCAAGAACCUGAAAUCGCCAAUAUCUCCGGCAAGUUCACCGCUCAGAUCAUCCCCCAGAUGUUCUCACUGGCCAUCAAUUUCCCGACACAGAAGUUCCUCCAGGCCCAGAGCAAAGUCGGAGUCAUGGCUUGGGUCGGGUUUGUCGCCCUGAUCGGUCACAUCUUUCUUCUUUAUCUCUUCGUGGGUGUCUUCAAGUGGGGCCUGGCCGGUGCAGCGGCCGCGUUCGAUGUCUCGGCCUGGGGUAUAGCCAUGGCUCAGGUGGUAUAUGUGGUGGGAUGGUGUACGGACGGUUGGAAAGGGUUGUCAUGGUUGGCGUUUAAGGAUGUCUGGCCAUUCUUGAAGCUGUCUGUGGCUUCGGCGGUUAUGCUUUGUCUGGAGAUUUGGUAUUUCAUGACCAUUAUCGUCCUCACCGGCCAUCUUGACGAUCCGAUCAUAGCCGUUGGUUCGCUUUCCAUCUGUAUGAACAUCAACGGUUGGGAAGGAAUGUUGUUUAUCGGAAUCAAUGCGGCUAUAAGUGUUAGGGUAUCGAACGAAUUAGGAUCAUCUCACCCGAGAGCGGCCAAGUACUCGGUGAUAGUAUCGGUGAUAGAGUCUGCGAUAAUAGGUGUAGCGUCUGCGGUGAUUAUCCUCAUAGCACGAGACGAUUUCGCAGUCAUUUUCACAGAUAGCAAGGAAAUGCAGAAGGCAGUAGCUCAACUUGCUUAUCUUCUUGGUAUAACAAUGAUGCUCAACAGCAUUCAACCGGUUAUCUCUGGUGUUGCAGUGGGGGGAGGAUGGCAAGCGCUGGUGGCUUAUAUCAACUUGUUCUGCUAUUACAUCAUUGGUUUACCUCUAGGAUUUCUUCUUGGCUACAAAACAGGGCUUGGAGUUCAGGGGAUUUGGAUUGGCAUGAUAUGUGGGACUACUCUUCAGACUCUGAUCCUCUUGUUCAUUGUAUACAAAACUAAUUGGAACAAAGAGGUGGAGCAAGCCUCCGAGAGGAUGAGACAGUGGGGAGCUGGAUUAUAUGAAAUUGAUAAAAUGUAGAAUAAACAAAAAUUUUGAGAAAUUUAUUUUUCAAUUUUCCCUUUUGUAAAAUUUAUAUUUACUUGUGUAUAUC